AACGAAUAGACCAUUAGACCAAUAGAAUAAAGAAUCAAUCGUGGGACUCCAAACAUAUCUCUCCAUUAUAACCAUGGAAUUAGAAUAUUGCACCUAACAGUUAAGGUACUUUAGAGGACUUACAGCAGCUUGUAUGUCAACAUCCACUUUUAAGGGUUGGUGACUAGUGGAGUCUUAGACCAUGGACUAUUUCUUUUAUGUCAAGUGUCAACACAGUCUAUUAAUUAAGCACUUCUUUUGAACUUGCACUUUUUAUGUUCCUCACAUUUUAUUUCCUCUCAUUCAUUCAAUCCUCUGCAUUCUCUCUUCCUAUCACUCCAAUGCAACCGAAAACUUCUUGAACACAAUGUCCUCCUACAUUUUUAUUACCAUUUUCACCUCAUUAAUCAUCAAAACGCGGAGUUCAGAUCAAAAUUACACACUUUGUGCCCCUCAAAGUUGUGGCAACCUUUCGAGUAUAAGUUAUCCAUUUUGGAUUCCAAGCAAACAACCAUCAUAUUGUGGGCAUCCAAGCUUUAACAUAUCCUGCAAAAACAAUACAACUCCGAUCCUUAGAGUUUCAGAUAAUGAUUAUGUUAUAACCCAUGUUGAUUAUCUCAACCACACUUUUCAUUUGGUAAAUGCUGUUGUCUACAAUGAUUCUGUUACCUGCCCGACUCCCUCGAAUAAUUUAACCCUUGAACAUACACCAAUUAGUUUCACCACAAAUUCUGCUGAUUUUUACCUGUUCUACAACUGCUCAAAUCUUCCUACAACAUACUAUGUGUACUAUCCUAUAAGCUGUAAAGCGGGUGUAGACAAUAAAAAUGCCACUUACAAGUCUUUUGGUGAUUUCCAUUUCGAGGAUUUGAUUGAGCAGAACUAUUCCUUAGGAUUGUGUGAGUCUAUGGUUGCAGUACCUGUGGAUUUGGAUAUGGAUGUGGACUCGGGUGUUCAUGGUUAUGGUGCAAGUAGUUAUUGGAAGAUGAACUACAGGCAAAUUUUGAGUCAAGGAUUUACAUUGAAUUGGACUCUAAAUGAUUGCAGUGUUUGCAAAACUAGUGGUGGGCGAUGUGGAUUGAUUGAUGAUAAAUCUGUUUGCUUUUGCAAGGAAAACACCCAUCCCAAAACCUGCCAUGAUGGUAUUUCUUCAUAUACGAAGUAUAUGCUUUAUAUAUAUUUUUUAUGUUAGAAUGAAGAGAAGGAUUGUAGUUCUUCAGGUGCAUAUAUUAUGCAUGUUUGAUAGAUUCUCUGGAUCUUAUUCUACAUUUUUUCCGGUUCCUUUACAGCCUAGUUUCUAGGCUUCAAAAUUCAUUUCGUGAUUAAACCACUGGUGACAUGAAUGAUUAAGAUAUGACAAAGUGAUAUGUUAUUCUAUAAUAUCUAUGUACAUAUAUAAGUACUUAUUCAGUACCUUUCAAAAAAAAAAAAAAAAAAAAACGUUAUUCAAUACUCUUACCUCAUAUAUAAACUCUCUAUAUUUCCUUUGUCUUUAGAUGCAGG